CAGCCUCGCACAAAAUAACAAACAUUUGAAUCGAAGCGAUCGCAAAAGUGAUACCAAAAGUGCACCUAACCUAACAAUCGUUCGUUGGAUAUCAGUUUGUGUGAAAAUUUCGGAAGAGAAAUGCGCCCCCCUACGCAAUACCCCCAGGAAAUCGCCGAGGAGGCGGAGAGCGAGCCCGAUCCCAGGCUGGGAGCUAUGAUGAUCUCGGCAAGGUUAGCCGGAAGAGCCGUCAUCAGGGUCGUGGGUCGGUGCAACGAAGCCAAGGAAAAUGAGAAUCUCGAUCUAUCGAACUGUCAACUAAUGCAAGUACCAGACGCAGUCUACCACCUGAUGAGGCAUACAGAACUGAAAUCCUGUGAUCUCAGCGACAAUGUUAUCACCAAAAUACCUCCAAAGUUUGCCACGAAAUUCAAUCUCAUAUCGGAUCUGAAUCUGUCACACAAUCAAAUGUCAAAACUGCCAGACGAGUGUGAAGAAAUGGGAUCGCUAGAAAGGUUGGACAUCUCGCACAAUACGUUCAUAUCUCUUCCAAACUGUAUAUUCAAAAUUCCGAAGCUGAGACAGCUCAACGCCAGUAAUAAUCACAUAGUCGACAUAGAUGUGGAUUAUCUCCGAGAGUCGUCUCUAGAAUCCAUAGACUUGAGCAACAAUCCAAUAGCACCUCGAAUACAUGAGCAGCUAUCGAACAUUACCAAUAUCAAUGUAUUAUUGUCGCCAAGAAAGAAAGAGGACUGGGAAGAUCUCACCAUAUAAUUUAUUUUCUCGUAAUUUUUGCCAUUGUGACUUUACCAAAUACUGCUCAGAUAUGAUUUAUGUACAAAGCCCCAGAAAUAUAAGCUUUAACGGCGAACACCCCGUAAAGGUGUGUUGAAAUGGGUGCAGCAUCCGAAGCAGUUUAGUGAAGAUUAAAUCCACAUGAUGAUCUAUCAAAGUAUUUGUAUUUUUAUAAGGUUCCUAGAGCUAGUAAGAUCAAGACGUACUAAUUUAUGGUACUUAUUUUCUCAAGUACUUGCUGUGUGACAAUUUUUUGUACUGACUUUAUAUUGAUUAUUGAUAUGUGUUGUUCUCAUUAUGUAUUUUAUUUCAGAAUUUGACAUUGAUAUUGGCUACCAUCUAGUCAUGUUGUGAUAGGGAUAUUUAAUAUCCUUUUAUUUUUUAGUGAUUAGAUGUCUUGUCCAAAAGUGUCAAAUAAAGAUGAAGAAACAAUAUAUUUUUUUCUAUCGA